AGGUAUGAUAAGAGAGGAACUGGUAAAACGGGUACAACUAUCGUAUCGACUGUGUCCUCUAUAUGCAGACCUCUUGUCGAUAAUGCAGACUUAAUCUUACCCUGGGAUGUCCGGGACCCUAAAAAAUCAUGACUCUGGUAAUAAAGAAAUAGUAAUCGUAUUUAGUUAAAGAUUUGUGUUGAAAGUGAUUAUUAUGCCAGUUGGACCGAAACUUGAACGACAGUCAAUUUGAUCAAACUGUAAUAUUUAACACGGGUCAGUUUUCUCGUAAACGAAGAAAAUCGGUUCUGUUAUUUAACAGUAUUAUUAUUAUUAUUAAAUUUCAUCACAACGGGGGCCGAACAGUCAAUUAUGUCCGUCUCUCAGAUGGAAAAAAAUUUAUUUAAUCUUAAGUUUGCUGUGAAGGAGUUGGAAAGAAAUUCGAAAAAAUGUGAAAAAGAAGAAAAGGUUGAAAAGGCUAAAGUAAAGAAAGCAAUUCAGAAAGGUAAUAUGGAAGGUGCUCGUAUCCAUGCAGAAAAUGCUAUUCGUCAAAAAAAUCAAGCACUGAACUACUUGCGUAUGAGUGCAAGAGUUGAUGCUGUAGCUAGCAGGGUACAGACAGCUUUAACUACACGUAAAGUUACCCAGUCAAUGGCCGGAGUAGUAAAAGCUAUGGAUGCAGCAAUGAAAUCCAUGAAUUUAGAAAAAAUUUCUGGUUUAAUGGAUAAGUUUGAAAGCCAAUUUGAAGACCUAGAUGUACAGAGUUCAUACAUGGAAAAUGCUAUGUCUCAAACUACAACUACAAAUGUCCCACAGAACGAUGUUGAUAAUUUAUUACAGCAAGUUGCAGAUGAAGCUGGUCUAGAAUUGAAUAUGGAAUUACCAUCUGGACAAUUAAGCACUAUAGGUUCAUCUACUGUUAGUCAAGAACAGGAUGAGCUUACACAACGAUUAGCAAGACUUCGCGAAUAGUAACAUAAAGAUAAAAAUUAUAUUAUAGGUGCAUGAUAAAACGAUGCUCUAUGCUUACCUACUCUAACCAGCACUAACUUGUUAAGAAGAGAAAGAGAAACAUUUUUCAAAACGCACUUUGUCUUAAAAACAAAUAUAUUUUUUAUUUACUUUUUUCAUACAAAACCAUCUGAAAAGAACAAUUAGUAACGAAUAAAGUCUACUAUAUUAA